GCUCUGACACUCACUCACACACAGACUGUCCUGGAACAGAGAACAUCAUGGCUGCUUUCUCACACACACUCGCCUCACUGCUGCUCCUGUUCACAUUAACGUCAGCGCAACCGAGAGGAGAUUACUCUGUGCCCUCCGAGCACUGUGUCCCAAAUGACGCCUUUGGGUCUUACUGUCCCACCACAUGUGGUGUAGAAAAUUAUCUCCAUACCUACAAUUCGGGUGUCCAGAAGGACCUGAAUCACAUGGACGUUCUCCUGCAAGAGAUUUCCAACCUGACAAGAGGAGCUCAGGAUAAAGUGGUUUAUCUGAAGGACUCCCAGACUCAGGCACAGAAAUCGUCCCCAGAUCUGUACAUCCAGAAGUCAUCGAACAUGUUGGAUGAUGUGCUGCGGUUCGAGAGAACCAUUCUGUCUCAGGAGGAACAGAUCUAUGAACUAGAAGCGACUCUGGCAGCCAAUGAGAAGCGACUUACGGAGCUAAAGCAGUUAUCGCUUCAGCUCGAGCAGAAGUGUAAAUUACCUUGUAAAGACUCGGUAUCCAUACAGACCAUCACUGGGAAAGACUGUCAGGAUAUUGCUAAUAAGGGCGGUAAAGUCAGUGGCCUGUAUUACGUCCAGCCUGUGAAAGCUCCCACGUCGUUCCUCGUGUACUGUGAGAUCGACAGCUCAGGCCGAGGCUGGACCGUACUUCAGAGGAGGCGUGAUGGCAGUGUUAGCUUCAACAGAAACUGGGUCCCGUAUAAAGAAGGCUUCGGUUAUCUCUCUCCUGAUGACAGCACUGAGUUCUGGCUUGGAAAUGAGAAGAUCCACCUGCUUUCUGUCCAGUCCAGCGUUCCGUACGUGCUGCGUGUAGAGAUGGUCGACUGGGAAGGCGUCAAAAAACACGCAGAUUACGCCGUGUUUAAAGUGGGUCCUGAGGUCGAUCAGUACCGCCUCACCUACGCUUACUAUUACGGAGGAGAGGCUGGUGACGCGUUUGACGGGUUUGCCUUCGGAGAUGACGUGAGCGAUAAAGCUCUCACGUCUCAUAACGGCCUGCAGUUCAGCACACCUGACAAAGAUAACGACAGGUACAGCGGGAACUGCGCCAAGCAGGACGGCUCAGGAUGGUGGAUGAACCAAUGUCAUGCUGCUCAUCUGAACGGAAAAUAUUACAGAGGGGGUAAAUACACACAGAAGGAUGUGGGCGAGCACGGCUUUGAUAACGGCAUUAUCUGGGCCACGUGGCACAAUCGCUGGUACUCGAUGAAGCAGACCACCAUGAAGAUCAUUCCCAUAAACAGAGUCCAAGCUGGAGGUCAGCAAGACGUGCAAGUGGGCAAAGGAGACUUCCCCUAAACACCACAGCAAUGAAACACACAACCUUCAGAUCACAGACGCUUGAAUUAAUGUCACACUGAAUUUUAACCACUUUUUCUCAGCAGAAUACAAUGACGUCAUCACACAUCAUAAAUCCUCAUAACACACACUGCAGAUAUUUAACACUUUUAUCAAAUUAUCACAUCGAGGUGAUUUUUAAUGAUUGAUGUUUAUAAGAAAACUUAUAAACUUAUAAAUUUAGUAAAUUUGUGUGUCAUUUGUAUAUGAAAGGAAAGUACGAUCUUACACACACACACACACACACACACACACACACACACACACACACACACACAGUUAAUCUGCAUGAUCAAUUGUACAAGGUCACAUGACCUUCAAGUUAAACAUUCUCUUUCUUCUGUAGACGUUGUGUGUUUGUUCAGUGAUUGCUGUACUUUAAUCUCUUCAGUUUACUCAGAACAAACUGCCGACUUGCAGAUAAAUUCUUUUUGAACAAA